CAAAAAAAAAAAAAAAAAAACAAACUGUUUACAUCUAAUAAUAACUAAGCAAAUUGACACCCGAUCGUGGCGUCAAAUUCUCAAGUGAUAUGUUGCGAUUAUGGUCGAUCGCGAAAACACGAAUCGGUAAAGUUUCUACUUCGGAAUCGUGUUUUACCAGAGACGUUCUCUUCAAUGGAAUUGGCAAACGCCGAUUCACGACGAGCACUAGCGGCGAGAGAAGAAAAGUGAUGAGCUUCGGUGACGGAAGCCAUGGCGCUUUGGGUCUUUCAUCAUCGUCGAUUCCUGGAAUGGGAAUGGAUGCUUACGAGCCCACCGUUGUUUCUAAUUUACCUUCCGAUAUCUCUUUCAUAUCCGCCGGACACUACCAUUCUCUUGCCGUUACAUCCAGCGGUGACAUUUGGGCUUGGGGUCGUAACAAUGAAGGCCAGCUCGGUCCAGUCUCCGUUGAUUCUAGUAGAGGUUCAAAGUUGAGUGAGCCAAAGAGAGUGGAAGGACUAGAUCAUGUGAAUGUCCGGGCUGCCUUUGCGUCUGGAGUUGUUUCAGCGGCUAUUGGUGAUGAUGGCUCUUUGUGGGUUUGGGGAAGAUCUAAAAGAGGACAGCUUGGUCUUGGAAAAGGUAUCAUUGAAGCUCUUGUUCCUUCAAGAGUUGAUACUUUAGCUGCAGAACACGUUGUUAAGGUAUCCUUAGGUUGGGGGCACGCACUUGCGCUUACUGUGGAUGGUAAAGUUUUUGGAUGGGGUUAUGUAGCUGAUGGGAGAGUAGGCAAUGUCGGACUUCCACUUGAAGCAUCUCUGCUGGAUUCAGUUACAAAUGGGUCAAUAAAAGAUCACCAGGCUGCUGAUUUGAAUCUUGAAGCAGCUGAAAAGAAGGUUGUGGAAGCUAUGAGCAAGGAGAACGAUAUGCCAAUAGCUUGGGAACCUUGUCUGGUGGAAGAAACACGUAACAUGAAGGUUGCAGAUAUUGCAUGUGGAUCGGACCACUCCUUGAUCCUUUGUGAUGAUGGCACACUUUUGAGCUCUGGGAGCAACAUCUAUAGUCAGUUGGGUCGGUCUAAACAAGACCUCGGAAUGACACCUGUGGACAUAACCGAAUCCCCAAUCUCUGUAGCAGCAGGUCUUGGUCAUUCUCUAGCUAUCUGCAACAGAGGUGAAAAAAAAAUUGUCUCGUGGGGUUGGAACCGGAGUCGGCAGCUCGGUAGGGGAAAGCCGGAAAACUUGCCGAGAGAAGUAGAAGGUUUUGAUGAAGAAACUCCAGCUUCAAUAUCAGCAGGACGUGUGCAUUCCUUGUGUGUAACAGAGAAAGGAGAAGCUUGGGUUUGGGGCUGUGGAAAGAAUGGUAGGCUCGGUUUAGGAAGCUCGAGUGAUGAGCCUGAACCGAUGUUGUUAGAGGAUGUAGAGGGUUGUGUCCUUCAAGCAGUCGCUGGCUUUGAUCACAGCCUGAUAUUAGUGGCAUGUGAUGUAGAGGGUUGUGCCUAGAUUAAUGAUUAAUAUGAUGACUGAAAAAAGAAAAGAACAUGGAACCUCAUUGAUGUGACCAUGUGGAUGACUUUAUAACUCGUGUAGAUGACUACAUGGCAAAUAUGGGUACUUGAAAAGAUAAGCUAUUUGAUUA